GGGCGCGCCCAGAAAGAGCGGUCGCCCUGUUUAGCUUUUAGGGUGCUCGGAGGAGGGGUGCAAGAAAGGAUGGAACAAACUCAGUUACUGGACUGGGAUGGAGAAGACGAUUCCACGGACGGGUCUGACGCUGCUGGGGAGACCCCCAAGCCGGUGGGCCGCCUGCAUCUGCUGAGCAGCAAGUACGGCCCUGAGAAAGAUUUCUGGAUCUACCCUGGCCAGAACGUCAUUGGUCGUUUGGAAAGCUGUCACAUCUGCUUGCCUGCUUCUUCUGUUUCCAAAACGCAUGCGGUGAUCGAGGUCCCCUCCUCCCACGGUCCCCACCUUUUGUACGAUCAGGGCAGCUUGAACCGGACUCGGCGCCAGCGUGUCACCUUGAUCCCACAGGUCCGGUACAGCCUUCAGGAUGGGGACACCGUACUCUUUGGUGAUGUGGGAUGUCAGUACUUCAUCCUGGUCCCGGAUGCUGGAUGUGAAUCCCCCGAGGACUCCAUGGUGGUGCCACCCACCCAGGAAAGAGUGGAGGCCAGUGCGUUGGCCAUUGAAGAAACACCUGCGCCGGGGAGGAGAAUGGGCUUUGGGCAAGUUCUGGUCCAGGACUCUGACAAGGAGGAUGAAGGGGAGGAAGUGGUGAAUGGGACAGGAAGCCACCUGUGUCACGCAGCAAGAGAUGGGUCUGAUUGCUCUAACAAAAAUGGCACAGGAGGACACGUGAGCGUGGCUUCUUUUGGAGUCUCCUCUCCCUCAGCUACGGUGGUGCCUGAAAGUGAUGAAGAAAGUGGAGACCCUCCCAUCAGUGGCCCAUCCUGCCCUGCUGUGCGCCUUUCCUUUGAGAGCCAGGAUACUGAACCUGGCCUGGUAGACAAUGGUGGUGGUCAUUCCUCCAACAGAGAAGACUCUGGAGACCCCACAGCUGAAGAAGAGGGAGUUUCCACAGACCAUGACCUGGCAGAAGGCUUCCAUUUGGACAGUGAUACAGAUGUAGAGGAUGAAAACCAAAUGGGUUGCACCUCUGAAGCGCCAAGAUCAUUGCACCCAGCAAAAAGUGAUAGGGGCCUAGAAGUGGACACUGACACUGAUCUGAGUGAGUCUUCAGUGAUGGCUCCAGGCACUAGUUGUCAAAAAGAUCCCCAAAUGGCAGUUGAGGUGGGCAGUGAUACAGAUGUGGAGGAGGCCGUAGAAAGUCCAGCUGUCUUGGGAUUAAAGCUCCCCUGUACUGCUGCUGAUCUUGGAGAUGAUGACACUGAUGUGGAAGCAGAAAUGGAAAAUCCAAGUGUUGUUUGUCCAGGAAGCCAUGAACCUGUUUCUCCAAAGAAGGAUGACUGCAAACAGUUGCAAGACAAUGUAGACAUUUCUUAUCCCCAGAGUGUCCAGCUUGGUGAGAAAAAGGAUGAUGAUACAGAUGUGGAGGAGGCUUUGGAUAAUCCAGAGGGUGGUGUGAAUGCCCUGUCUCCCACUGCACAUGAAGAUGUUGACACAGAUGUGGAAGACUCAUCCCUCAAGGGAGAGACUCCAGGUAGGACUGUAAAAAACCAUGUAGUUGGUGGAGACAGUGAUGGUGAUGAUACUGAUGAGGAAGUGAUUAAACCGGGGCUGGAGAAUUCAGAAGUUGCUUGUCCUCAGAGGACCUGCUCUUCAAAUGGAAAGGAUAGCAGCACAAAUAUGGAAGAGAUCUCCCUCAAGAGGAUUGUGCCAGAUGAUCAUAAGGUUGGUGAGAGACACGGUGAUGUGAUAGGGUCGACAAAGAAUUCUAAUGUUGAACCUGAGAUGAGUUAUGAAGUUGGCGACAAAUCUCCUAGGGAUUUAAGUAGGAAGGAGCCCUUGCCAAAGCCUGAGCAUCAGUACCUGCCCACGCUCUCUCUGGAUAGUGAUACAGAUGGGGAAGAGGAGGCUGGUAAUCCAGGUGUGGAGUCAAAGAAGAACCAGCAAGUCUCCAGUGCUGAGCCCAGCAAAGGAAGUAGGGUGAGCCACUUUGGGAAUCCAGAUAUUGGACCGCAGGAAAACUCUACAACUGUACAAGACAAGGACAGCAAUACUGAUGUGGAAGUGACAUCCUUGUGUCAUGAGAAAUCCAUGGCUCAAGGCAGUGAUACAGACACAGAGGAAGUUGCUGCAUCUUUACUAAGAAAGCCCCUAGAAGAGCAAGGCCCUCAGUUAAUAAUCCCAAUGAGAUCUCAGGUAGGAGGAGAGCAGCUGGGUUCUUCUGCAGUGGAAAUUGGAGUAUCCCUCAAAUCUUGUGAAGACAAUGAAGACACAGAUGUAGAGAGAGAGGAAUCCUAUUCAGCAGAUGAGAGCAACACUGAUGAUGAGCUUGAUUUGACCUUGCAGACAACACAGUGUUUCCUGCCAACGGAAACCACUCCUCCUAGAACUGAAAAAGCUGGAGGGAUCACAGCUACAGAUUCCAAGUGCACUGUGGAAGAGGAGCCCACUCAGGCAUUUGACUUCAAAUCACCCUUUUUACCCACCAAACUUCAACUUGGGAAUUUAUCCAGCUCUCCUUUGAAAGAUGAUGAUUCUGGCCCAGAAGAUGUCAUGCUGGAAGCUACUCAGCCCUUCUGCCAGGAGCCCGAGCCAACCUUAGAAGAGCCCCCCCAGGCUGUGGCUGGCAAGGAGAAGUUGGACAAAGAACUGUUUGUCCAGAACAACCAACCUGAAGGGGAGAAACUCUUUGAGCAGGUUCCCCAGCCUGGCCUUCCAACCUCGACCUCUCAGGGAGAAGAGACCACCAGCCUUCCAGGGGACAACCCUCUGCCCUAUACUGUGGAGUUGCCCUCUCUCAAGUCCUCGAAGACAGUAGGGGGCGCCUCCGAAGAGGAACCCCAGCCACUCCGCUCUGUGCAAAUUCCCCCUGUUGGCAGCAAGCGAUCCUUGACUCCACGGGAGGAGAAGCGGGUGGAGGAAGGGUGUCUGGUGGCCCCCGAAGGUGGAAGCACUUCAGAGGUGAUGCUGAUACAGAGUGAGGCAACUCCUGUGGACACCAAGGUGGAAGAAAACUCGGUGGUGGUGAGAGAAACAAGGAAGGCUAAGCAGGUGUUGGAGCCAGCCCAGGAGGAACCCGCUUCCACAGUGUCCUCUGUCCGUGGGCAGCGGCGCAGUUUGCGAUCUUCAACCUCUUCUGCUUCGUCCACCCCUGGCCCAGAAAGACGAAGCCUCCGCCAUCACGGAUCUGGGGCCAUCGCUGCGUCCAGCAAACCGGCUGCCCCAGAGACCAGGCGGAGGGGCCUGCGGCAGCUUAGCAAUGCCGGUCAGCAAAAGGGAGAGGUGAAGGAGAGGCCAGAACCGCCUGGAGAAGAGGGGCCCAGGAAGAAGCCCAGGAAUGGAGACCUGACCACUGCUCCUGUCCAUCAAGGCCGCACUAGGGGCUCGCAGAGGGAAUCCAGGGCGGCCAGCAAGGUUACUGAAGGAGCAACAGCUGCGUCUGGCAGCCCUGUGGCCAGGGAGCCAGCAAAGCGGGCGAGGAGGGCUCCUGCUCCCAACCCUGGGCUAGAAGAGCAGCCGGGGCUUCCAAGGACCCGGGCCAGCAAGCGCUUAAGCAGCAGCGGCACUUCCGUCAGCACACCGAGCCCAAGGGAUUCUGGGAAAGAUGCCAAGGAACCAGGCCUGUCUACUCCGUCUUCUGGAAGGAGGUUGCCGCAUCACAGCCCAGGGAGCAAACCAACAGGUCAAAGAGCUUUGUCCUGCAACCGCACCCGACGCUCCACUGGAUCUGGCAGCCCUGCCCCCAAGGUGCUGUUCACAGGUGUGAUUGAUGAGGAAGGGGAGCGUGUAGUGGCUGAAUUGGGGGGCUGUCUAGCAGAAUCUGUCUUUGACUGCACCCACCUCGUGACGGACCGCGUACGCCGCACGGUCAAGUUCCUGUGUGCUCUUGCUCGUGGAAUCCCCAUUGUGACCCUUGACUGGCUGGAGAAGAGUAGACGGAAUGCUUUUUUCCUGGCACCAAGCAGCUUCCUUGUUCGGGACCCUGAGCAGGAGAAGAACUUGCGGUUCAGCCUCUCCACGUCGCUGCAGAAAGUACAGCAAAACGGGGGCCUGUUCCAGGGCUACGAGAUCCAUGUCACUCCUAACGUGAAGCCAGAACCAGAGCACAUGAAAGACAUUGUUAAGUGCAGUGGUGGGACAUUCUUACCGAGAAUGCCUCGAGCCUAUAAGGACAAACGUAUUGUGGUUUCCUGCCCUGAGGACUUGGCCCGCUGCAAACCAGCACAGGAGGCAGGAGUUCCCAUCGCCAACUCGGAGUUCAUCCUGACGGGUAUUCUGCAGCAGAAGGUGGACUUGGAGGCUCACCGCCUGAACGGCAACAGCGGCCCUUCUGCUACCUCCAGCCCCGUUGGUCCCUCUACCAGGACCGGCAAGAGGAGGGCAGCCGCGCGGACGGCCCCAGCCCCACCCAGCACAGCCAAGAGACGGCGCUGAUCCCAAAGUGCAGCAUUGCCUUAAAAUUGUACAUAUGUUUUUUUUUAUAUAGCUGCCAAUAAAAGGGGUAUGAAAAGGACUGAUGAUUUUGGAAUGGGGUCUUAAGAG